AUGGAUGAUUUGACAUUACUUGAUUUUCUGGAGUGCCCUGUGUGCUUGGAAAAGCUCGAUGUCACAGCCAAAGUCCUCCCCUGCCAGCAUACCUUCUGCAAACCCUGCCUGCAGAAGGUUUUCAAGGCCCACAAGGAGCUGAGGUGCCCGGAAUGCAGGACCCUGGUGUUCUGCAGCAUCGAGUCGCUGCCGGCCAACCUGCUGCUCGUGCGACUUCUGGACGGUGUGCGCGCGGGCAAGAGCCCCGGGAGAGGGGGUUCCUUCCGCAGGCCCGGCGUGCUGACCUUGCCGGACGGCAGGAAAGGCAGGGCCAACCCCAGAGGUCUGCAGGCCAGCUCUUUCCGGCUGGUCCCCAACAUCCGAAUCCACACAGACGGGGUGCCUCGAGCAAAGGCCUUAUGCAACUACAGAGGGCAGAGUCCUGGUGACCUGAGGUUUAAUAAGGGAGAUGUCAUCGUUCUCCGGAGACAGCUUGACGAGAACUGGUACCAGGGGGAGGUCAAUGGCACCAGUGGGAUCUUCCCAGCCAGCUCUGUGGAAAUCAUCAAGCAGCUGCCCCCACCACCCCCUCUCUGCAGGGCCCUCUACAACUUUGACCUGAGAGACAAGGACAAGAAUGAGAACCAAGAUUGCCUGACCUUCCUCAAGGAUGAUAUCAUCACUGUGAUCAGCCGAGUGGACGAGAACUGGGCAGAAGGCAAGCUGGGAGAUAAAGUCGGCAUCUUCCCUAUCUUGUUUGUAGAGCCAAACUUCACCGCAAGACACCUCCUGGAGAAGAACAAAGGUCGUCAGUCAUCCCGCACAAAAAAUCUGUCUCUGGCGUCCUCGUCCUCCAGAGGCAACACGCCCACCAUCCGUAGGGGCCCAGGAUCCAGGAGAAAGGGGCCCGGGCAGUUCUCCAUCACAACAGCCUUGAACACUCUCAACAGGAUGGUCCAUUCUCCUUCGGGGCGUCACAUGGUAGAGAUCAGCACCCCGGUGCUGAUCAGCUCCAGCAACCCCUCUGUGGUCUCCCAGCAAGCGGAUGUUCCUCCCAGCUCUGCAGGGCAGGUCAGCACUUAUCACCCCGGACCUGCCUCCCCAGGACAUCCCACGGCCAUGGUCAGCAUACCCGGCUCCCAGCAACACCUCUCAGCUAACAUGUUUGUAGCCCUGCACUCCUACGCAGCCCGGGGAAAGACAUCUAGUUUUCCAGAUCCCCGGAGCCCUGGUCUCUACACCACGUGGACGUUCUCCACCUCCUCUAUGUCCUCCCAAGGCAGCAUUUUGGGAGGUGAUCCCCGGCAAAGCCAUCCCUUCAAAUCCGUCUUUGUGCCCACUGCCAUCGUCAGUCCCAUGAGGAGCACAGCCAGCCUGGCCACUGUGGGACAAGGGUCUCUUCGGAAAGGGCGGGGCAGCGUGAGAAAGAAUGGAUCCCUGCAGAGACCCAUCCAGUCAGAGAUCCCUACCCUUGUGUUGGGCUCCCUCAGACGCAGCCCCACCGUGGUCGUGCGGCCUCAGCAGUUCCAGUUCUACCAGCCACAGGCGAUCCCCUCUUCCCCCUCAGCAGGGGCAGUGGAGAUGGGCCCCAAGCCUGCCCCCAUGGGGGAGCCUGCCCUCACAGGCAUCAGCAGGGGCAGUGACACAAGGAGCCACUCGGUGGCCAGCUCCCUCAUCAUGGAAGGCAAGGAGAUUCCCAUCAAGAGCGAGCCUUUGCCAAAACCACCCGCGUCUGCACCACCAUCGAUCCUGGUAAAACCAGAAAACUCAAGAAAUGGAACAGAAAAGCAAGUGAAAACCGUGCGAUUUCAGAACUACAGCCCUCCUCCCACCAAACAUUACAGCUCCAAUCUCACCUCCGGAAAGCCUGAACAGCCAGCGACCCCCAAGGGGUCCCAGCAUGAAGCAUCCUUCUUGGGCCCAGAGAUGACCAUCCUAUUUGCCCAUCGAAGUGGCUGCCACUCUGGACAGCAGACAGACUUCCGGAGAAAGUCAGCUUUUGGCAAGGCCACGACUGUGGUGCCCACUGCCUCAGCGGCGCAGACCUUGUUUCCUGGCAAAUGAAUCUACAAAUGGAUUUUCCUAGAUCCCAAAGAGGUGAAUUCCAUUUAAAUACAGUUUGCCUCC